CAUGCAAAGUUCAAAAUGGCGGCCACUACACGAAGCAUUAUCCAGCGUAAGUUAUGCAGUGUUAUAGACUUUUGCGUCCAGUCUUGUUCAAAGAGGGGAUUUCAUUCAAUCCCAUCGUCAUCAUGGAGUGUCCUUCAACAUCAACUGACAUGUCAUUCAAACAUUGGGGCUUCUACUGCCAACAGUCAAUACAAUUAUUUAUCAAAAAGAAGACUUGCAUCCAGAGCCAAGCCACGUAUGACAUUUUCAGCUGAUUCAAAAUUCAACGAACAGCCAAUCGUUUUCAUAAAUGCAACAUACAACAAUACAAUGCUGACACUAACAGAUUUCAAAGGGAACACUUUAGCAUGGACCUCUGCAGGGGCUGAAGGUUUCAAAAAUUCUAAACGUGGAAGCAGUGUUGCAGCACAGCAAGCAUCUCUUUCAUUAGCUAAGAAAGCUACUGAUCUUGGGGUACAGAAUGUUAGAAUAAAACUGAAAGGUGYUGGAAAUGGAAGACAGGCAUCCGUGAAAAGUCUUGCUUCAUCUGGACUCAAGAUCACGUCUAUCACGGAUGUUACACCUAUUCCACAUAACGGCUGCAGACCCAAAAAAGCAAGAAGAAUAUAAACUCUUUUUCUUUGUAACAAAACGAGCUAGUGUUAAAAAUAAAAACACAUUUUGUUGGAAAGAGAGUAAAAUUCAGCAACUUCAUUUCUAA